CUGGAAGAACAGGCACGACAGAUCCUUUUGACCAACCUUCGGCGGGGUGUGGCCGACUGGAAUGGCAAGGAGUUCAACUUCUCUGUGCCUUCCCUUACCGGAUACCCCUUCCAGUGGUUCUGGGACUCGUGCUUCCAUGCCAUUGCCCUGACGCACCUGGACCCGGACCAGGCCAAAGCCGAAUUAACCACCCUGCUGAGCGGGGCCCAACCCGAUGGCUUUAUUCCUCACAUCAUUUUCUGGGAGAUGGAGAAACAACCCGACUUCCUGAACCGCAAUAUCGUCGGGAUGACCUCACCCUAUUUCAGCGCCACCAUUCAGCCUCCCAUCAUUGCCUAUGCGGUGGAGCGGGUUUACCGGGCUACCGGCGACGCCCAGUUCCUUGAGGCUGCGCUGCCCGUGCUGACUGCCUACUACCGCUGGCUUCGCUACCACCGAGACCCGGAUGAGGACGGAUUGAUUGCCGUUAUCCAGCCGGAAGAGGCCGGAACCGACUGUUCCCCCAAGUACGACGAAGUGCUGGGUCUCGACGAGUUGAGCAACCAGGGUUUUAUCGCCGCCCUCCGCAAGGUAUACGCCGCUUACGAACCCAUGCGUGGCGAUGACCGGCGUAUUCUGGCGGCAGACAUCUUCCACUUCGAGGAUGUGCUGGUUAACUCCAUUUACGCCUUCGGCCUCCGUUCCCUGGCCCGCUUGCUUGGGGAUUCGCCCGACGCCGGGGAAUUUAGCAGGGAAGCGGACAAGACCCGGGACGCUCUGCUGGAGAAAUGCUGGAACGAAGAGGCCGGCGCUUUCUUUGAUCUGAGCGGUGUGGCCGAAAAGCCGGUGGAUGGUGGUCACCAUCAGCUCACUGAUGCCGCUGGUGCUCAGUGA